AUGGAUAAAAUUCUUCAACAUCAUCAGGUCAAGGACAGGCAAACAGUAAAAGGACAUUCUAGAUUAUUACAAUUAUUCCUCUUCCUUCAUCCUAUUAUAGUCAUUAUCAAUAAAAAAAUGGGAAACUCUAUCUCAAACAAGAAUGUUGAAUCUGAACCAAAAAAGAAUGAAAAUAAUAAAAAUAAUCCAGUUAUUGCUUUUCUACAUCACGGAAAAUGUUAG